GAACCCCCCUCAACAACCACGGCCGCCAUAGCGAUACGAUCUAUCCAGCCAACAGGAAGCAGCGGCAGCGAGGAGGGAGGAGAAGCCGAGGCCGCCCGCCGCCGACGAGGAAGAAGAAGGCGGCCGGAGGGGAGGGGAGGGGAGAGGGAGAUGGCGUACAGGGCGGAGGACGACUACGACUACCUGUUCAAGGUGGUGCUGAUCGGGGACUCCGGGGUGGGCAAGUCCAACCUGCUCACCCGCUUCACCCGCAACGAGUUCAGCCUCGAGUCCAAGUCCACCAUCGGCGUCGAGUUCGCCACCCGCAGCAUCCACGUCGACGACAAGGUCGUCAAGGCCCAGAUCUGGGACACCGCCGGCCAGGAGAGGUACCGGGCGAUCACGAGCGCGUACUACCGCGGGGCGGUCGGCGCCCUGGUCGUCUACGACGUCACGAGGCACGUCACAUUCGAGAACGUCGAGAGGUGGCUGAGGGAGCUCAAGGACCACACGGACGCCAACAUCGUGAUCAUGCUCGUGGGGAACAAGGCGGACCUGCGCCACCUCAGGGCCGUCCCUUCCGAGGACGCCAAGGCGUUCGCCGAGAGGGAGAACACCUUCUUCAUGGAGACGUCCGCCCUGGAGGCCAUGAACGUCGAGGACGCCUUCACCGAGGUGCUCUCCCAGAUCUACCACGUGGUGAGCAAGAAGGCCCUCGACAUCGGCGACGACCCCGCCGCGCCUCCCAAGGGCAAGACCAUCAGCGUCGGCUCCAAGGACGACGUGUCCGCGGUGAAGAAAUCCACCUGCUGCUCGUCUUAGCUUAAGCUCAGGAUGGUGGCAUCUUAUACAGUAGGGGGGAGGGCACUAUGUUAUUGCAGUCAUAGUCCUCAUUUGUAUUCAUGCGCUAUCGAGUGUCUCAAUGUUCAUUUUGCCAUAUUUUUCAUACAUUUGAUUCGUUCACGACUACAGCUUUUGCUGGUAUAGUUUAGGGGUUUGGAAGUGUGAGGUUAUCGUGAAUUUCUUAUAGGCCUUUUCCUUGGAUGUGUUUCUACCUCUUGGGUCUGUGUAUUCCUGAAUCUGCUUAUUUAUACAAUUCCAUUUCGUUCA